AUAUGGCCAUCGAGUUGGUGGGUUAUCUACCAAUUAAAACUUCUAUUUUGCCUCGAGUCAUCAAAGUUCAAACCCCAAUCGCUGUUGGUUUUGAUGUGCUUUUCCUGUCCCACUUCGGCCCACAACAACAGCGGAUGAUUGUCCUAAUUAAUGAGCAUUCCCCGUUUCAUUUGUGUUCUUCAUUGAUUAUAUAAUAAAUUAAGUAUUUUAUUUAUUUUAGUAUUGAAAGCAGCUUAGUUUGAUUAUUCACCUUCGCGUGCCAUCGUUUUUACACUUACAUUUAUAGUGGACAAUUUUCAUGUUCCCACCUUAAAAUUUUCUACUUUGUUCUCUUCAUCCUCAUCCUUAUGUCACGCUUGCGGGGUAGGACAGGCACAUAAAACAACUCCGUAGGUGGGGUCCUAAUCUCAAAUCAAGCCGUUGAUCACUAUCAAAAGGGCCUGCAAAUGCCCUAAAUGACCCUGAGCUAAGGAGUAGCCACCAAGGAAAAUGGGCAAUGGCGGAACUUUGAAUUUUCUAACAGUCAACGUUGUAAACACUCCUUUGUUUUCUUAACUUUUAUGGUGGGUGUUAAGUGUUUAACUGUUAAAAAAGUAUCUAUUUACAAGUUAAGCACAUGGAGCAGCCAUGCGUUACGUCAAAAGCCAACACCAUAGUCUUUCUUCUUUCUUCUCUCAAACGAGAGGCCGGUCGGGUCUUUCCUUGAUAUUUCACAAACUAAAACUACAACAACAACGACCGUAGUUUUCCCUUUCAGCCUUAACCAGGCGCCCGCUCUCACUUUUCAGGGGUUCCGAUAUGUUGGAAUUAACUGUUUAAAACACUUUCUAGAGGCCUUAAAUAAAGGGGGCCAUCGGUUUUAUCCAUCUGGGUUUCAGGAUUCAUGUUGAUUUAGUCAACUCAACCGUGAAGACCUGGGUCAAAUUUUGAAUUGGCCUUGAAGAAGGAGGACUCAGCAAUUAGAAAGUCUCUUGGAGUCAUUUCCUUUGUUGCCUGGAUAUGCGCUUUCUUUGUUAACUUGUUGAGUUGGAGAUAAUAGAGAAUUCAAUUUGAGUUUUUGUCUGAGAUUGUUGAAUACUAGAUUUGCCUGUUGAGACCAAUUCACACCUUUGAAUCAAGCUUGUUGAGGGUUGUCUUGGUUACUUUGCAUCAUUGGUUUGCUGUAUUGAUUAUGGACAACUUUAGUUGAAGAAAUUAAGGUUUCUGGAGUUGAUUUUGCAUGUUUCUCUCUUUUGUCAUUACAAGCGACUAGCAGAAUAAGUGAUGCUUCAUUUAUAAUUUCGGUUUUUAUGGAAGUCGAGUGGUUAAUUCACUGAGAAUGGCUGCUUUUAUGUUUAGUCUACUGCUGUUUAUGCAAUUACCAAGAUUCUUUGCCUCUGGACUUGAAGUAAACUCGAAGAAUUGUGGUGCAGAUCACAUAGCUUAUUCAAAUUUGUAUGGUCAUGAAUUGUUUUAUUUGAACGGCAAUCUAGUAGAUAAAGUUUUGUUCUGUAAGGCCCUGCAGUUGCACUAUGCGGAUCAUUGUGUGUUUGAAGGCUAUACUGGAACUGAUUACUGUGGUUUGGACCUUUCAUUAGCUGAUUUGUCCCUUGGAGGAAGAAAAUUAUUGCUGGAGGCAAAGAAAGAAGAUUAUAUUUCUGAUCAUACUCCGAACGGGAAGAGUAAUAAUGAACAUUCGGCCUCAACCAAAGUAGGGAUGGUAGCAACUGGAAUUUUUGUGACAUGUUGUGUUUUUAUCUGCCCCUGUCUUUAUAGGAAAAAGAGAGCAACUGCUGGCACUGUUCUUACAAAUGAUCCACAUUCAAUUGAUUCCUCGUCCCCUUUGGAAAUGAAUAUUCAUUCUCCUUCCGAAAAGAUUCCAGCCAGCCCACUAAGGGUACCCCCUAGUCCUUCAAGAUUCUCCAUGUCUCCAAAACUCAGUAGAAUUGGAUCAGUGCAUCUCACUAAUGCACAGGUGGCCAGAGCUACGAAUAAUUUCUCAUCAGCACUAAAGAUAGGUGAAGGAGGAUUUGGAACUGUCUACAAGGCCCAGCUAGAUUCUGGCCAGGUGGUUGCCAUUAAACGAGCAAAGAAGGAACAUUUUGAGAAUCUGCAAACUGAGUUCAGCAGUGAAGUUGAACUUCUAGCCAAGAUCGAUCAUAGAAACCUUGUGAAGCUACUUGGUUAUGUUGAUAGAGGAGUUGAACGGCUUAUUAUUACAGAAUAUGUGCCGAAUGGUACUCUGAGAGAUCAUUUGGAUUGUCAGCGCGGCAAAAUCCUGGAUUUCAAUCAGCGUCUUGAAAUUGCCAUUGAUGUUGCUCAUGGCCUUACUUAUCUUCAUCUUUAUGCAGAGAAGCAAAUUAUUCACCGAGACGUGAAGUCAUCCAACAUUCUUCUGACAGAAGGCCUGAGAGCUAAAGUGGCUGAUUUUGGAUUUGCAAGACUUGGCCCAAUGGAUUCAGACCAAACCCAUAUUUCAACCAAAGUGAAAGGAACAGUUGGUUACCUUGAUCCUGAGUACAUGAAAACCUAUCAACUCACAACCAAGAGUGAUGUGUACUCAUUCGGGAUUUUACUUAUAGAAAUUCUAACUGGCCGCCGUCCUGUGGAGAUAAGGAGACCAGUUGAUGAGCGUGUGACACUCAGAUGGGCAUUCCAUAAGUAUAAUGAAGGACAUGUAACGGAAUUGGUGGACCAUAUGAUGGUAGAAGUUGUAGAUGCAGAGACACUGAUGAAGAUGUUUGCUUUGGCAUUUCAAUGUGCAGCGCCCGUAAGAAAUGAUCGACCAGAGAUGCAAUCUGUGGGAGAGCAGUUAUGGGCAAUAAGGGCUGACUACCUUAGGAGCUCGAGGCAAGGAUAGCACAAGAGAUUUAAGAGUAGUCUCUUCGCCCCUUAACUCAGUUGUUCUUUUUUCUCCCUUCUGUUUCUUGCUGUUGUUCACUUUCUUUUCUUUUGUCCCUCACCCCCUGCUUUUAAGCCUACUGUAAAAACCAAAAUUGGUCUUUAGCCAAAAGCUGUGAUGCACUUUUGCCUUGUUCUCUUGCUUCAAGUCUAUGACAGUGUCAUUGUGGUAAAGCGUUGAAAGUAAAUAUGAAGAGGAUAUAUUGCACUUCAAUAUAUAUGAUUUCAUUUUAUUUCAACCAAUUAUAUAUGAUUUCAUUUUAUUUCAAUGAUAGUUUCUAUUACAGCUCCCCAAAAAUACAGAUACUUUCUUAUGUUGAGUUGAUUGUAGAAGCCUUUACUUUAUACAUGUUCUUUUCCGUCAUUACAGAAUUAGGGUAGCCAGAGCUUCUAAAAUGUGAUAGCCCAGUUCCCAAUUUGAAGGGAGAAAAACCUUGUGGCAUUGUUGUUAUUAUGAUCUAGUAAGAAUUUACAUCAUUCUUUACCACUAUAUUUAUGUUUGGGAAAUAAGAUUUGCAUCACAUGUUGAAAAUGUUGCUAAUUGUUAUUCCCAAGGUGAAGAAGUCGUUUGGGCAAAUGGGAGCCGGUGCUCCAGCUUUUAACAUUUUUCUCCAUAGAUGGGUAUAAAGAGAAUGGUUCAUAAUCUGUAGCUAAAUGCCUAAAAUAAUUGAAAUCUGGUCUACCCUUCAAGAAACAAUGUAAUUUUGGAGAUAUCUCUUGGAAAGGCAUUAGUAAUUUACUAAUGCAGGAACUGGAAUACAAGAGAGCAAAAUUUGUGAAGGGUAAUUGGACCCAUAUC